CCUAUCAGGUAAGACCUUCCUCCCUGCACACGGGGAGGCGCGGGCCAUGGGGUGGGGAGAGGGAACCCCCCCUCCCCCGACUCCCCUUCCUUUCUGUGGCCCAGCUGAACCCCGGGCGGGGCAGGCUUGGCAGAAGUGCCCCCAGCCAUGAGUCACUUUGUGCCCAGCCCCGAUGGGGUGUGGGAAGCCCAGGGAUGAAAGGUACCAGGUCCCUGGCUGCCUCCUUAACCGGUGGCUGAGAAGGCGUGCUUGCAAGCAACCAAUGGAGCAGCCGGGCCCAUCGGGGAGUCUCUUCUCAGCUAACACUGCCUCCUUUCAGGACGCUGUGCGCGCACUGAACACCCUGCAGACCAAUGCUGGCUAUCUGGAGCAGGUAAAGCGCCAGCGGGGUGACCCUCAGGCACAGCUGGAAGCCAUGAAGCUGUACUUGGCACGGAGUGGGCUGCAGGUGGAAGACUUGGACCAGCUGAACAUCAUUCACGUCACUGGGACCAAGGGGAAGGGUUCCACUUGUGCCUUUACUGAACGUAUUCUCCGAAGCUAUGGCCUGAAGACAGGAUUCUUUAGCUCUCCCCACCUGGUGCAGGUGCGGGAGCGGAUCCGCAUCAACGGGCAGCCCAUAAGCCCUGAGCUCUUCACCAAGCACUUCUGGCCCCUCUACCACCGGCUGGAGGAGACCAAGGACAGCAGCAGCUAUGUCUCCAUGCCCGCCUACUUCCGCUUCCUCACGCUCAUGGCCUUCCACGUCUUCCUCCAAGAGAAGGUGGACCUGGCAGUGGUGGAGGUGGGCAUUGGUGGCGCUUACGACUGCACCAACAUCAUCAGGAAGCCUGCGGUGUGUGGCAUCUCCUCUCUUGGCAUCGACCACACCAGCAUUCUGGGGGACACAGUGGAGGAGAUCGCGUGGCAGAAAGGGGGCAUCUUCAAGCGUGGCGUCCCCGCCUUCACCGUGCUCCAGCCUGACGGUCCCCUGGCCGUGCUGAGGGACCGGGCCCAGCAGAUCUCAUGUCCUCUCUACCUGUGCCCACCACUGGAAGCCCUGGAGGAAGGGGGGCCGCCGCUGACCCUGGGCCUGGAGGGAGAGCACCAGCGGUCCAAUGCCGCCUUGGCCUUGCAACUGGCUCGCUGCUGGCUACAGCAGAAGGACUACCGGGGCAUCGGGGAGCUGAAGGUGUCCAGGCCCAGUCUCUUGCGGCAGAUGCCCCUGGCGCCCGUGUUCCAGCCCACGACCCACAUGCGGCAUGGGCUUCGGGACACGGAGUGGCUGGGCCGGACGCAGGUGCUGCGGCGCGGGCCCCUCACCUGGUACCUGGAUGGCGCGCACACCGCCAGCAGCAUGCAGGCCUGCGUGCGCUGGUUCCGCCAGGCGCUGCACCGCCGCCCGAGGCCAAGCCGCGGCUCUGAGGUGCUUGUCCUGCUUUUCAACUCCACCGGAGACCGGGAUCCUGCAGCGCUGCUGAAGAUGCUGCAGCCCUGUCAGUUUGACUAUGCUGUUUUCUGCCCUAACCUGACAGAGGUCUCAACUGUUGGCAAUGCAGACCAGCAGAACUUCAUGGUGACCCUGGACCAGGUGUUGCUCCGCUGCCUUGCACACCAACAGCACUGGAGCCGCCUGGACGAGGAGCAGGCGGGCCCGGAGCCUGGUGAGCCCACAUCCUCGCUGCUGGCUCCCCACCCGCCCGAGCCCCGUAGCACCAGCUCCCUGGUCUUCAGCUGCAUCUCCCACGCCUUGCUGUGGAUCAGUCAAGGCCGGGACCCUGUCUUCCAGCCACCCAGUCCCCCGCAGGGCCUCUUCGCCCACCCUGUGGCAGGCAGCGGGGCCGGCGUGCUCCGUGAGGCUGCCGCCAUCCACGUGCUGGUCACCGGCAGCCUGCACCUGGUGGGCGGCGUCCUGAAGCUGCUGGAGCCGGCCCUGUCCCAGUAGCCCAGGCAGUGGGGGUGGAAGUGGGGGCCUCCCACACCUGCCCUGCGUCUCUCCACAAGCUGCUACGUUAGGUGCCUUUUGUUUUUUGCUUUUCUGAUGGUCUAGACUGGCCCAGGGACCCAGGCUUUAGGCAGCAAGAGAGAGGGCUGGAGGUGGGAGGCUGAGAUGGGCCAUCCUCUGUCUCUGAGCCUAGGGUGCCUCUGGCCUCUUCUUCCUCCCGGCUGAGAGAGCCAGAGGGCUUCCUGGUUGUCCCGCCGUCGUGGUUAGGCCUGACCACGCAGCCCACCUCCCCUCCCACCCUGCCUGCUUCCUGGCCCAGGCCUAGGAUCCUGCUGGGUGCUGGUUGACAGAUUCCCUCCUCCUCGUGGCCUUCUGGGAAAGAGACGGCUCCCGCCUGGGGCCCCCUAGGGACAGAGGAUGGCUGGAGACAAUUAAAGCCUUUAACUUUUUUAAAAAAAGAAAUGGCAAA